AUGGCUGCUCAGGCUAGUGAGGAGCUGGAUAAGCUCAAAUUGAACGGCCAGAAUGGUCAUGCUCAAGAGCAAGUAAACGCUGCAGAUGAUGCUGCCGACAACGACGAUUCGGAGGAUGAUGAGAAGGAAGAGGAAGGUGGUGAGGGUGCUGCUACUGGAGCGGCAAAGAAAAAGAAGAAGCGCAAGCCUAAGAAGAAGAAGAAGGGCGGCGCCAAAAAACAGUCCUCUCCGCCUCGAGUCCCCAUCUCCGAACUAUUCCCCAACAAUUCAUACCCCGAGGGUGAAAUCGUCGAGUACAAAGAUGAGAACAACUACCGUACCACAAACGAAGAAAAGCGCUAUCUCGACCGCAUGAACAAUGAUUUCUUACAGGAAUAUCGCCAUGGAGCCGAAGUACACCGACAAGUCCGCCAAUACGCACAAAAGAAUAUCAAGCCCGGUCAGACCUUGACCGAGAUCGCCGAGGGUAUUGAAGAUUCGGUUCGUGCUUUGACGGGCCAUCAGGGUCUAGAGGAAGGAGAUAAUAUAAAGGGAGGAAUGGGCUUUCCCUGUGGUCUUAGUAUCAAUCACUGCGCCGCUCAUUAUACACCUAAUGCGGGCAACAAGAUGGUUCUGCAGCAGGGUGAUGUCAUGAAGGUUGAUUUCGGUGCUCAUAUCAAUGGUCGGAUUGUGGAUAGUGCUUUCACGAUGACUUUUGACCCGGUUUAUGAUAAUCUUCUGGCUGCUGUAAAGGAUGCCACCAACACCGGUAUCCGGGAAGCCGGUAUCGAUGUCCGCAUGAGCGACAUUGGAGCAGCCAUCCAAGAGGCCAUGGAGAGCUAUGAAGUCGAGAUUAACGGAACCACUUAUCCCGUCAAGGCAAUCCGUAACUUGAACGGGCAUAACAUCGAUCAACACGUGAUCCACGGUGGCAAGAGUGUACCCAUCGUCAAGGGCGGAGAUCAAACCAAGAUGGAGGAAGGCGAAGUCUUUGCUAUCGAGACUUUCGGAAGUACCGGAAAGGGUUAUGUGCGAGAUGAUAUGGAAACAUCGCAUUAUGCUAAAGUUCCAAACGCUGCGAAUGUGUCACUCCGCUUGUCCUCGGCAAAGAAUUUGUUGAAUGUCAUUAACAAGAACUUUGGCACUUUGCCAUUCUGUCGUCGAUAUCUUGAUCGACUUGGUCAAGACAAGUAUCUUCUUGGAUUGAAUAACCUGGUAUCUUCUGGGAUAGUCCAGGACUAUCCACCAUUGUGCGAUAUCAAGGGCUCGUAUACUGCCCAAUAUGAACAUACCAUCGUUCUCCGGCCCACGGUGAAAGAAAUUAUAAGUCGUGGCGACGACUAUUGA